GCCUACCACAUGUUUGAUUACGUGAAUGUGGGUAGGGAAUGUGCUCAUCCCUGACCACAGAUGCGCAGAUCCGCUCAUGCAGUGACUUUUCAUCACGUCCGAAAUGUCAGUGCAAACAGUUAUUUCCAGAGGUCUUUCGUGAAUCUGCGAGGAGAGAAUCAUGGACUUUCUGGAGGAGGUGAGCAGCUUUGUGGCCAGCGCGAGCACUCUCACCCUCGUGAAGCUCAUCAUCACCGCCGUGCUGCCCAUCGUGACGGUUGUCCUGUGGAAGCGCCUGAGACCACCUGAAGACCGUGGUGCCACAUCAAAAGCGCGGGAUGUGAUUCAUGUGCGAACCAGCGAUGAGGAGACAGAGGAUGAGGCUGGCCAGUCACUGGGCCUCAUGGCGCAGCUCAAGUCGGCGGAAUUGCGCAAGAUGGAGCAGAAAUUGUCGCUGGAGCAGCGCGAGAAGGAGAAUGAGGUGCAGAAGCAGCAGCUGGCGGCGAUCUUUGAGCUGCUGCAGAAGCAGCAACAGGAGCUCAAUGCUGAGAGCCUCACGGAAGAUGACUUCAAUGCCCAGCUGAAGCUCUAUCGCUAAUCCAGAGGUGAAUUCCCCAACAUGACCAAAAAGAUCGUGUGUCAACCGGACUGGUCGUCACCAAUUAACUCAUUUAAAUGCACACCCACGGAACAUGUGCAACUCUUCAGGAAUGAUGAUGAAUUUUUUCUGCUCCCUUUUGUGAUGAAGUAAAUUGACGCGGAAUUUCAUAACGAUUUUUUCUGUUUUCACCAUCUCGCGCGGGACUCUUCUGGCAGAGAGACCCGCGCGGGUGUCUGUUUGGUUGAUUUGUUGGGCCUCUUCCAAGCCUCUAAUGAGGAGACAUUCACUCACUCCCCGCUUUCAUUCCUCCGCCAAUUGUUCCAAGUUGUGAACUCAGUUGGGCUGCUUUCCAAUCAAUGCGGAGAAAGGCUAACUGAAUAUUUAUUGAUUGGAAAUCUAUUCUGGAUUCAGAGGCUCUAUUAGUCACUGUUCAAAUGAUUCCUGUUUCUUUUUGUAUAGAAUUUUACACAAAUUUUUGAUGAAUUUCCAUUCGGGAAAUAAAAUUUCAGCAAACCCCAGAAUCAGCUCAAAAUGCACUGAGAUAUCUAAGCUAAAUUUAAAGCAUGCCCUUAAUCAAAAAGUGCUAAAGCGAAAAUAUCAAAAAAAAUUUCUUAGCGAUCUUCUGAUAUUUCUGGCUAAAUAUAUUGCUAAUUGUAUUGCUCCUCAAGAUAAGGAUCUCAAUAAGAAAACUUAAAGGUGUGUUUAGCUUAAAGAAAUUAGCAUUUUUUAUGUCGAUUUUAAUUUCUUAGCUUUCUGUGUCUGCUUUGCAUUCGAUCGUUUCUUAAGCAUAUUGAUCAUACUUUCUUUCAUCCAGAUUUUAUGUUCCAAUGACCAAAAUCAAGAUCAAAAUCUAUUUGUUUUAUAGUUAAAAUAAGGAAAUAUUUGUUUAAUCGUUCAGAGAUGUUAUUGUGUGUAAUGUUUUAGA